AUGGUGGGAUCUCAGAAGCAGAAAAGCGCGGCCGAGGGGCACGCGCAGAGAGCCCCAGAGCAAAGCGAUGCCCCAAGCGAACUAACCGCCGUCGCCAAAGAUGCGGCGCCAAAGAGAGUCUGGACGACACUCAUCACCAACACCAAAUAUCUCUCUGGGCUCCUGACGCUUGACUAUUCCUUAAAGACGGCGGGCUCAAAGUAUCCUCUGAUUGCGCUGUACACCGACACGUUCCCUCCCGAAGGACUCGAAGCUCUCCGCAAAAGAAACAUUCCAGCCAAAAAGAUUCCAUACCUUCUCCCGUCAGUCUCCAAGGACUAUGCCAACGACCCCCGAUUCUACGACUGUUGGAGCAAGCUUACUCCCUUCAGCCUUACCGAGUAUGAUCGGGUGGUGCAACUGGACAGUGACAUGAUGGUGCUGAAGAACAUGGACGAGUUGAUGGAGAUGGAGUUGGAUGCGCCCGAAUUGAAUGGCGAUGGACACAGGGUAUAUGCGGCCAGUCAUGCCUGUGCUUGCAAUCCCUUGAAGAAACCACACUACCCUGAACACUGGGUCCCGGAGAACUGUGCCUUCACGACUCAGCACGAUACUCCUGAUGACGCACAAAGCAAUGGUCCGCCGCCCACCGCAGGCAUUGCUUGUCCUAAUGGGGGCUUGGUUGUCUGCAAUCCGAGUCAAGGGACGUAUGACAAGAUCCUUGACGCCAUGCAAAAUGGCGCUAUAACUUCUGGUUACGAUUUCGCCGAUCAAAGCCUGCUCGGUGACCAGUUUCAUGGGCGCUGGGUUGGUUUGCCAUACGUCUAUAACGCUUUGAAGACGAUGCGGUGGAAAGGUGUCCACGACGCCAUAUGGCGGGAUGACCAGGUAAAGAAUAUCCAUUACAUACUGAGUCCGAAGCCAUGGGACCAAAAGCCAGAAGAGACCGAGGACGAGACACAUCGAUGGUGGCAGAAGAUGAACGAUGAGAGACUGCAGCAGGAAAAAAGGAACGGCGUCGUCGAUGACGGGUUUUGA